AAUGUUGCGAAGGCUGCCUCAGAUGCUGCUGCUGCUGCUGCGGCGCCUACCCUCGACUCUGACUCUGACCCUACAGACGCGUCUUGUGAGCCGACUGCGGCACCAGAAGACGCAAAAGGUGAUAUCCCAACAGACCCGAACGCAAAGUCUUCCGGAAAGGUGACUGCCAAAGAGGCAAACUAA